AAGAGGCGACGGUCACACAGAAGACAAAUAAAAAAUUUACUCAACUUCGUUGCAAUUUCAAUUGCAGUUUUCGUCGACAGAUAUAAACCCGUAAUCGCAAGUAGAGGAACUAACUCCCCCGAAUUUUAAUCAGUGCAUAGUUAAAACCGGGAAAAUGCAGCGCACUGGCCUUUUGGCCAUUUUGGCACUCUCCUGUGCCUUCGGCUUCUUCGCCGCUGCCACGCCCAUUGGGGGCGAUCAAAACCUUUUGGGGGCGAGUAAAUGCACUUGGGGACCAGCGUAUUGGUGCGGAAAUUUCAGCAAUUCCAAGGAAUGUCGCGCCACCCGCCAUUGCAUCCAAACCGUUUGGGAGACUAAACAGGUACCCGUGGACACGGAUUCGAUCUGCAAGAUAUGCAAGGAUAUGGUAACCCAGGCCCGCGAUCAGCUAAAGAGCAAUGAGACCGAGGAGGAGUUGAAGGAGGUCUUCGAGGGCUCCUGCAGGUUGAUUCCGAUCAAACCGGUGCAAAAGGAGUGCAUCAAGAUGGCCGAUGACUUCCUGCCCGAGUUGGUCGAGGCCUUGGCCUCCCAAAUGAACCCAGAUCAAGUUUGUUCUGUGGCCGGACUUUGCAACAGUGCCCACAUCGAUGAUCUGGUCAUGAAGGGCAUCCAGUCGGCUCUUGAUGGAACUGCCACGGAAGACAACGACAGCUCGGAGGAGUUGACCCUGCAGCCAAAUCAGCUUACCUGCGGCAACUGUAACUUUCUUUCGCGCCUGAUGCACUCUAAAUUUGCAGCCGUCGAUCGCGAUGACAUGGUGGAGACAAUGCUUCAUAUGUGCGGAUCCCUGUCGAGCUUCUCAGAUGCCUGUGCCAACAUUGUACUGACAUAUUUCAACGAUAUCUACGACCAUGUCAGCAAGCAUUUGACCACGGAUGGCCUGUGCCAUGUUUCGGGAGUUUGUGCCUCUAGAUAUCACCAACACGAAGAGGAUAAGCAGCCCGAAGAAGCUCUGGUUGCUCUGGAUGCCGGCGAUGACAUUCCCUGCGAGUUGUGCGAGCAGCUGGUGAAGCACUUGCGCGAUGUCCUGGUGGCCAACACCACGGAAUCCGAGUUCAAGCAGGUAAUGGAGGGCUUCUGCAAGCAGUCGCGUGGAUUCAAGGACGAGUGCAUAAGCAUCGUGGACCAGUACUACCAUGUGAUCUACGAAACCCUUGUCAACAAGUUGGAUGCCAAUGGAGCCUGCUGCAUGAUCGGCAUUUGCCAAAAGAGCUCCGCCUCCGCAGUGAAGGAUGCGCCCAUUAUGCCUCUUCUGCCUCUAAUUGAACCUGCCCAGGUGAAAAUAACCAUUGAGAAACUGCAGAAGCACCCUAAAAAGCAGUUGGGAGCCAGUGAACCCAAAUUCAGCCAGCAGGAGAUCAUGGACAUGCAGCUGCCCAUCGAUCAUCUUAUGGGCGCAGCCAAUCCUGGAGCGUUGGUGGAGGGCGGAGAGCUCUGCACCAUCUGCGAGUACCUCCUGCACUUCAUCCAGGAGACUCUGGCCACCCCAUCCACUGAUGACGAGAUCAAGCAUACCGUAGAAAAUAUCUGCACCAAGCUGCCUUCGGGAGUCGCCGGUCAGUGCCGAAACUUUGUCGAGAUGUAUGGCGAUGCGGUAAUUGCUCUGCUCGUCCAGCAACUAAAUCCUCGUGAUGUGUGCCCCAUUAUGCAGAUGUGCCCAAAGAAUCUGCCUAAGAAGGACGACGUCGAAGUCUUCCAUCCAAAAUCAAUCAGCGAUGAACAGGAUUCACCUACUUGCCCGCUGUGCCUUUUCGCCGUCGAGCAGGCCCAGAUAAAGAUCCGUGACAACAAGUCCAAGGCCAACAUCAAGAAUGUGCUGGAUGGCCUGUGCGGCCACCUGCCCGACAAGCUGAAGGAUGAGUGCGUGGACUUUGUAAACACUUAUUCCAACGAACUGAUUGACAUGCUGAUUGCGGAUUUCAAGCCGCAAGAGAUCUGCGUUCAACUGAAACUCUGCCCGAAGUCUACUAGUGCUCUUGAUGAUCUGGGCAUUAGCCUGGAUGAUGAUGUCGAUGGUGAGGACAAGUCCAGUAGCGAAGAGGUGCGCUUCAACGACAUCGAGUCUCUUGAGGAACUGCCCAUUCAGCUGGCAUUCGACGAGGGCUUCACCAGUGCUCCCAAUUGCCUGAUUUGCGAGGAGCUGGUAAAGACCUUGGAGAAGCGUAUGGGUAAGCACCCCACUAGGGACAGCAUCAAGCAAAUUCUAGAGGACUCCUGCAACAAAAUGAAAAAGCCGCUGGCCGGAAAAUGCCACAAGGUUAUCGACAAGUACGGCGACAAGAUAGCCGAUCUGCUGCUCAAGGAGAUGGACCCCAAGCUGAUCUGCACGGAGUUGGGAAUGUGCAUCCUGGCUGAUCUGGAUGAUCUGGAAGUGGAUGAGGCUUUGAAGUACGACGUGAUUGCUUUGCCCUAUGAGGACAACAGGGCGACUAGCAUCAAGGAGCCGCCCACUUGUGUCCUUUGCGAGUUCAUCAUGACCAAGCUGGAGGCCGAUUUGAAGAACAAAACCGAACAGGAUGACAUCAAGCGUGCGAUCAAGGCGGUUUGCGAACAUCUACCAGCCACCGUUCGCAAACAGUGCGAUGCCUUCGUAGAGGGAUAUGCCGCCGCAGUCCUUAAAUUGUUGAGCGAUGUCCCACCCAAGGAGGUGUGCCAGAAACUGCAGCUCUGCUUCAGCGUGGCUGUCACCGACGAGGUUGUAGAGUGCGGUGUUUGCCAUGGAGCCACCCAGGCUCUGGUGCCCUUCCUGCACGAGAAAAAAGAUGAAGACUUAACCACCUUGCAGAUGACAUCGGUGGCAUGCGAGAACUUGCCAGCCAAGUACUAUAAGAUUUGCUCUGAGAUGAUCUCCAUUUAUGGCCACAGCAUUAAGAACCUUUCCAAGCGACCUUAUGUGGAUCAGCCGCAUAUCUGCGCCGAGAUUGGCAAGUGCUUUGAAAGCGAGAAGUCGGCGCUGGCCUUUGCCAGAAUUUCAGCUUAAGAACAUCCCUUUGAGUGAUGCGUUGUGAUGUGCGAAAAAGACGAAGAGGAGUGGAAGGAUUAGCAGAAGGUUGAGGAGGAGAAGGAGGGAGCCAAUCCCACGCUUUAUAUAUGCAUAUACCUUUAUAUCUGUUUACAUUCUUAAACGAUUUACUGUAAAUGAAACAUAAUUACUUACUUUUCGUUUCCGUAUCCCUGUUUUUGGCUCUAAAUUUGUUAGGAGAAUUUGUGAUGUAACUGAUUUUAUAAACGCACUCAAACCCGGCUGAAAAAAGUAAAACUUAACUGAAACUUACAUUAAGGACUAACAUAAACGUACUUUCAAUAUACAAAUUAGCGAAAUCCGCAAGCCACUAACUUUGUAACGAUAUCCCCAUCUGUCCGAAGUCAGCUGAGCAGUGUGUGUAGUUUAAGAUAUCAAAGAAAACUGUGUAAAAUACGAACAUUGAUCUUAUAAAUCAUAAAGAAAACACAAAUCGACAAA